GGUGGCGGCGCGGGAUGAGCAAGACAUGGAGACAACCAAAGGAGAAAGGAAUAAAUGAAAGAUAUGCUUCGCAUUUGUGGAAACUACUUCCUCUUUAGGAAAUACAUUUCAAACUCCCAUUAUUUUCUACAUCAAUUAAAUAAAAACCCACAAAUUCUCCUUUUAUUUUCAUUUUCUUUUCUUUAAUAUUUUUAAUUUUUUGUGGCUGUCUUCUUCAUUGUUAUCACUUUCAUCAACCCACCCACCACCUCCGCAGCCUUCGCUUUCUCCUACCUCCUCUCUCUUUCUCCCUUCCCUUUGCUUUUACUGCUGCUCUCUUCUCGCAUCGCUAACACAAAACGUUAAUCAAUUUUAGGAAAAUGAUAUACAUAGCGCUAACAUAACAAUCUAACACAAUAUUACUACCUUGUAUUUGUGUGUACCUCUCAUUAUCUCCCAAAUCUUGCAAUUAGAUUCGGUGUAGACAAAAUCUAGGCCCCCUUUGUCCCCUCCUACUUUUAUUCCUCUCUCUCUUAGUCUUACACCCUUUCAAUCCUAAACUUACCUCAAAGGGCUCAAACUAUGACAAUCCUUGUAAUAACUAAUAAGCUAUCGCAGUUAUUCUGAAACGGUGGGAGUAUAACAUCGCAGUUAUUCUGAAACGGAGGGAGUAUAACAUCUCGUUGACCCGUGUCAACUUUGUCCUCCUUUUCCUCUUUUGAAGUUUGUUCCAAAUUCUUAGAUCCGUCACUACUCAUUUGGUAUUAGUGGUGAUUAUAAACUAAAGUCAACACUUAUUUUAGAAUUUUUCCGAUUAUAGAAACCUUUGAUUAUUUCUUAUUACUCAGUUUUUUUUAUUUUUAUUUUUAUUUUUCAAUCAUCUAAAAAUAGUAAAGAAAUCUUUGCAACAAUAUAUACUUUCCUCUUUUAGCUUUUGGUGUUAUGGAUUCUUAUAUAGAACCCCAAUUCCUUAGUCAUAAUCAUCAUCAUCAACAACAGCAGAAUAAUUCCGGGUUAUUGCGAUUUCGCUCUGCUCCAAGUUCUUUAUUCAAUGAAUUAACCCAAAAUUCCAGUGAUUCUGAGAAGUUCAAUGGCAGAAUUACAGAUGAUUUUUUUGAAUCAUAUGAAAGAAAGCCUCAGAAUCUAAUGGUAGGCAGCGGCGGCGGUGGCGGUGGCGAACAGAGUAGUCAGUUACCUCCUCAAUAUCCGAAGAUAAAUACCUCAAGUUCAAUGGAUCGAUCAACAAUCAAUCUCUUGACGACGAGACAGGGUAAUUGUGGUUUGAAUCUUAAUCGCCAGAGUAGCUCCCCUGCUGGAUUCUUCAAUCAUCUUAAUAACACCCAAAAUGGGUACACAAUUAUGAGGGGUAUCGGGAACUUCAGAGUAGGGAACGGUACUAGUGGUGAAUCUAGUCCUCGUGCAAGUAGGCUGAAUAUGAGCCUUAUGCCACGAAUUCCUGAGCUAGGAAAUGAAAUUGUAAAGGAAACAAGUGCAGAUGAAGGGAAGUUCAGAAACCACGAAAGUGAUGCAGGGUUUGACAGUACUAGUCCUACAGGAUACCCUUUCGUUCCUUGGAAUGAUUCUACUUCAGAUGCAUCUCUUCAUCUUUCUGAGAAUGGUGGUAUCACAAGCCGAUCUGCUGGAUUGACACAUCAUUUGAGCUUGCCAAAGACUUCAGCUGAGAUGGCUGCUGUCGAGAAGUUGCUACAUUUCCAGGACGUGGUUCCUUGUAAGGUCAGAGCGAAAAGAGGUUGUGCAACACACCCUAGAAGUAUCGCUGAAAGGAUGAGAAGAAACAGGAUCAGUGAACGAAUGAGGAAAUUACAAGACCUCGUUCCAAACAUGGACAAGCAAACCAAUACAUCGGACAUGCUGGAUUUAGCUGUUGAUUAUAUCAAAAAUCUUCAAAAUCAGUAUAAGGUUUUAAGUGACAGUCGAGCCAAGUGCAAGUGUGUUAUCUAAAUCAGCAAUUCUCAACAGCAUAGCAUAGUAAUAAUUAAUCUUAUUCCCUUGCAAAUCGAUGCACUUAGAUGGAUGAUCAAGAGGAAGCAGUAGCAGCAUGGUAGCAUAUAUACAUAUACUCAGUAAUAUGUAGGGUAUUUUCAACUGUACUUCAGGUUCCUUUCUGCUCUCGUCCAAAGGAUGUGGAGGAUCUUUGAUACCUUGUUAGCAGUGUAGAUUUUGUUGAAUUGUUAUUGCUAAAUUUCCAUGUAUGUGGAAGAAAAAAAUAAGGAUCAUAAGUAUGCAAUUAAUCUGUAUAGAAUCUAGCAAUUUCCUUACUAGGGAUUUACGUAUCUCAAUAAUAGGAUAAUUUAUUAUUAUAAAUUUUCCAAUUUUGAUAUCUUUGAGGCA